AUUUAGGGUGGUAUCCAUCAAUGAAAACUAGCCGAUUUAGGGUGGAAUCCAUUAAUAAAUAGAAGAAGAGCUGCAAAAAGAAUAUUGGAUCACCAAACUGAACCUAUCCUCAUCAACAAUUCAUCAUCCUCAUCCCAAGUUAGGGUGCCUAUAUCUAUGCACUCAUUCAAAAUCACACCAUUGAUUUUUCUUACUGAUCUCUUCCCCUGCUUCUAAAUCCGUCCCCAGAUGCAUCUAAAAAGCCUCUGUUUCAUCCUCCCGGCGGAUGAGUCUGCAGAGCCGGUCGACCACGACAAGGUCUACAAGAAAGCGGCCGCCGGAAAAGUAAGUCAACCAGAUUCCCCUCGCAGAGGAUGCGGUGGACAAGCCUUUGACUUCGUCAAACAUUCCCUCCAGAGAUUCUUGGCCGCCAAAAAGCAGUUUUCCGGGCAGUUUCACGACAUAGACGGCGUCCAGAUGGUGGACAACAAAGUGGGCACCGACAACCCAAGAAUCUUCAGCUAUUCCGAGCUCUUUGUCGGGUCAAACGGGUUCUCGGAGGAUCAAGUGCUGGGAAGCGGCGGGUUCGGAAGAGUCUACAGAGCGGUUUUGCCCAGUGAUGGAACAGAGGUGGCCGUGAAGUGUUGCCUAGCGGAGAAAGGAGAGAAAUUCGAGAAGACGUUCGCGGCGGAACUUGCGGCGGUGGCUCAUCUCCGUCACCGGAAUCUAGUUAAGCUCCGGGGAUGGUGCGUUCAUGACGAUCAGCUCUUACUUGUGUAUGAAUACAUGCCAAAUCGCAGUCUUGAUAGAGUACUGUUCAGGAAAAUGGAGAAUCUUUUGGAUUGGGAGAGAAGAAAGAAGAUCGUUCGUGGCUUAGCCGCCGCACUGUUCUAUCUCCAUGAACAAUUAGAGACUCAGAUAAUCCACAGAGAUGUAAAAACCAGUAAUAUAAUGCUCGAUUCCAGUUUCAACGCCCGGCUUGGCGAUUUCGGCCUCGCCAGGUGGCUAGAACACUCCCAAACCAGAACCCCUUCUUUCCAAAACCACCGUUUCCGGUUAGCCGAGACCACGAAAAUUGGAGGGACGAUCGGAUAUUUACCGCCGGAGAGCUUCCAGAGGCGAGGAGCCAUCGCCACCGCGAAAUCUGACGUGUUCAGCUUCGGAAUAGUGGCGCUCGAGGUGGCGUCAGGUAGACGAGCGGUGGACCUCACCUUCCCGGACGAUCAGAUCGUUUUACUCGAUUGGAUCCGACGGCUCUCCGACGAGGGAAUGGUUUUGCUCGCCGGCGACGGCCGGCUGCUGGAUGGUUCUUAUAAGCUCGUCGAAAUGGAGAGAUUGAUUCAAAUUGGGCUUCUUUGCACACUUAAUGAGCCCCACUCAAGGCCCAACAUGAAAUGGGUCCAGGAAGCACUCUACGGAGAAACCUAUGGGAAAUUACCAAACCCGCCCUCCUUCAGAUCUCACCCUCUCUACAUCUCGUUCUCUUCUUCGUCGUCUUCUUCCUCAUCCUCUAGCUCAGAAAAUUUCGUUUCUGCUUCAGAAACAGUGUAUUAUUCCGCAGAAUCGGAGCGUUCAACCAUUUCAAAGAACAAUCGCUAUGACGGAGGUUUCCCCGUGGUCGAUACUCCGAGAGAAUUCACCUGGAAGGAGAUCAUCGAAGCGACGGACGAUUUCUCGGAUUGGCGAAGAGUUGCAGAGGUUGAUUUCGGGACAGCUUACAAAGGUUUCAUCGACGGCCAACAGAAGAUUCUGGUGAAGAGGUUGGGGAUGAAGACAUGUCCUGCUUUAAGAAUGAGGUUCUCUAACGAGCUCCAGAAUUUAGGACGGCUUCGACAUAGAAAUCUGGUGCAGCUCCGUGGAUGGUGCACGGAGCAAGGGGAGAUGCUGGUUGUCUAUGACUAUUCUGCUAACCGUCUUCUCAGUCACCUCCUUUUCCAUCACAAACCUUCUAUCGAGGGGCAAACCCUGCUCAGGUGGCAUCACAGGUACAACAUAGUCAAGUCGCUUGCGUCCGCGAUUCGGUAUCUCCAUGAAGAAUGGGAAGAGCAAGUGAUCCACCGGUGCAUCACAUCCUCAGCCAUCGUCCUUGAUCCAGACAUGAACCCUCGGCUUGGCUCCUUCUCUCUUGCUGAAUUCUUAUCCAGGAACGAGCACG